AUGAUAAAAAGCGUGCCGUGGGGGACGGAGAUUGAUAUUGGUCGGAAUCCUAAAGCAGCGGCGCCUUCGAAGCUGUUAAACCGAUUCCUGAUAUUGCAAAUCAGAGGAUUGAAGCCAGUUGUUUUGGAUAGGUGGAGAAAAGGGAACGUUGAGGAUUGA